CAGUCACGUACCGUGUUUAUACAAUAUAUGGAGUGUGGAAUUAAGAGGAGUGACAUCUCUUAUGGUAGAACUGUUGCAAAAGUGUCCAGCUGUCAGCUAUAAAUAAUAGUUCCAAAUCUCUCCAGAGUAGCGCUAGAGUAGCUAAGAACCUAGGCGUUAUUGACGGAGUGAAUUGCGCUGUCUAUGAUUUGAUUUUUUUGUUCAAGUACUCUAGGUAUUGUAGCGCAACCUAUUUAAGGUUUUUUGAUGACACUUUUAUUUACAUGGAGAUUUAGUUCCUUACCUCCACCUUCCGUAAUACAAUAUUUUGCAAUACAGAGUAGGGGUAACGUAAUGACAAUGCUCAAUUUUUAUUCCAAUUAAAACAGCGAAUUGAAUCUAAUUGAUUACGGCAAGUACUUGAUAUGACAGAUAUAAUUUUGUAUCGUUACCAUGAAGCUGUCAUUCGUUUUAUUAUUUACUGUAUUUUUCACUAUAACCUUUCAAUUACAAUUUACGAAAAAACAGGACCAUAUAUACGAUUUGAAAAUGGCUUCAAAACUGUUCAAUGAAUUUCAGAAACAUUACAAAAAGAUGUAUACGGAAGAGGAGAAGAAAAAUAAAUAUAAAAUAUUUGUUGAUAAUUUAGUGAGAAUUAAUGCGAUUAAUCAGAAUCUUCCUGGUGCUUGGUUUGCUGUGAUUGGUCCAUUUGCUGACUUGACUUAUAUGGAGUUUAUUAAAUUAAAUAAACUUACGAAGAAGGAUUAUGCUAAUGUUGGGAGUAAUUUCAGAAACGUUAUAAAUUGUACUGACCGCCGCGGCUACCUUUUCGAAAGAUUCUCCGACAAAGUAAGGAACGACUAUGAAUCCAAAAGCAACGCUUCUGAAGAAUAUUACAGUGACGAAGAUGACGCACACAAUGGGACGAAUGCUGACGUUGAAUAUGAGAGUGACGAGAAUGGGACGAGGUCGUAUAAGGAUCGGACGUAACGAUGUAUAAAUAAUAUUAAUGAAAAAUGUUUUUUUUUU